UUAACUGUCAAAGCAGCUCAGGUCCUGCUGUCCUUCGCUAAAAUGUGGGACUAAAUCCGGGUUAUACCUCCUUUUGGACAUGUCGACAGGAGGGCUGGUGUCCACGGGUUUCUGGCUUUUAUAGAACAGUGCAGCUUGGUCCCAGAUGCAGGAUGCGGUGGUGUCCCAGCUCUGUGCUGCACCUGCUGCGCUGUGUACGGUCCCGCUCCUGCACCAGGAGAGGAAAGAGCAGCCUGCCUCUAUGGAUCAGGGAAAUAUGGGCGUACAUACUACUGCUGGUGCAGUCACUUUGCUUUAACUCCCUCACUGACUCAGAUGUGGUCUUCGACUCAGUCUUUGAACCAGUUUUUUGGACUGUGGACUACGUCACCCGCUGGUUUGGCAAAGUGUUUGUUUGCCUGGUGGUGAUACUGACCAGCUCCAUCCUGGCGAUAGUCUAUUUGAUUCUACUGCCUAUGGUCAUCGACACAUACUCCACUGCGUGGAUCGCUUGGCACCUUAUCUAUGGACAUUGGAAUCUCGUCAUGAUUGUUUUCCACUACUACAAAUCUGCCGUGACAGCACCCGGGUGUCCCCCCACUGUAAAAAACGACAGUCCAUUUGUGGCAGUCUGUAAAAAGUGCAUCAUGCCCAAACCAGCAAGAACACACCACUGUGGUAUCUGUAACAGGUGCAUUCUGAAAAUGGACCAUCAUUGUCCGUGGUUAAAUAACUGUGUGGGUCAUUUUAACCACCGUUACUUCUUCUCCUUUUGUCUGGUCAUGGCCAUGGGCUGUGUUUACUGCAGCAUCAGUGGCAGGUACCUCUUCCUGGAUGCUUACAAUGCUAUUGAGCGCUUUAAACAUUUGGAUAUGGAAAAGCAUGGGGUAGCAGUAACAGGGAUGGGACCUCUUAUAGGGCUGCUUCCCCCUGGCCAGACCAAGUAUCAGACGCCUGCACCACACUACACCUUUAAAGAAAAGUUCAUUAAUAAGUGCAUCAUCUACAUGUGGGUCCUCACCAGCACAGUGGCAGUGGCCCUAGGAGCUCUGACCUUUUGGCAUGCAGUUCUCAUAUCCAGAGGAGAGACCAGCAUCGAAAAACACAUCAACAGCAAAGAAACCAAGCGAUUGGCGAAACGGGGAAGGGUUUACAAAAACCCUUUCAACUACGGCAGGCUGAAUAACUGGAAAGUCUUCCUCGGCGUGGAGAAGAGAAGUCACUGGCUUACUCGUGUUCUCCUUCCAUCUGGACAUCUUCCACUUUGUGAUGGGUUGACGUGGGACUCCUUACCAUUUAAAAAGGAGCUGAUGCCUGUAUGACAGAACCCUGCCUGGGAACACUUGUAGCUUAUGUCUUUUCUGUGUCCAGCCCCCUCUGGUCAUUCGAUGUGGUCGGCUUUAAGGAUAUGUCCUCGGCAGCUCCAUACAAGGAAGAAAUGGGGUUGUGUCAACCUCCAAUACCUCAAAGACUUUCUGUGGCAUUGCUCAUGGUUCGACAGCCUACGUUUUUCAGCAGUGGAAAUGCAAAGUGUCAGGAAUACUUGACUGGGUUCUGCUCACAAACGGAUAUUACUCGUUUUUGAGCAUUGUGAGAAUUAUCAUUUGAUAUUUUUAAAAGACACGUACUGACUGACAUAUCAUUGGACUGAAGUACUUGUUAAAUGAUAUAUAUAUAUUUUUCUGAAACGGAUGAUCUUUAGAACAACAUGGUUCAUCUUAAUACCUCCUCCUCCCCACAGUAUCAUUUGCACUACAGUCCAAUAUUAUUAUUUGAUUUGAAAAUUCAAGCAAAACUGCAGUGCCAUCACAAUGAGUUAUUUAUCUGUAUUUUGUACUUGUUAUGUUAAUA